AUGCGCGUCCUGGAUACAUGGACUGGACAGUUCAUGGAGCUGGACCCGGAGAAGACAAACUUCGCAAUUCUGUCGCACACCUGGAGGAAGAAGGAGCAGACGUACAACGAGCUGAAGCUCUCGCGGAAAAUCCGGGAGGCCUGCGGAGUGGCACGCAAGGCUGGCUACCGGUACUUAUGGAUUGACUCGUGCUGCAUCAAUAAGGCAAGCAGCUCCGAGUUGUCCGAAUCGAUUAACUCGAUGUUCCAGUGGUACGGCCGUGCGAAGGUGUGCUUCGCCCACCUCGCCGAUGUCCCCUCCAGCGACGACCCUCGCGCGGCUGAGUCCGCGUUCCGCAAGAGCCGAUGGUUUGAGCGCGGAUGGACGCUCCAGGAGCUCAUCGCCCCGUUAUCGGUGAAGUUCCUAUCCGAGGACUGGACGGAGAUCGGGACGAAGCUUGCUCUGGCCGACCUCGUCGAGGAGAUCACGGGCAUCGCCGAGGACGCUCUCGUCCAUGCAAAGUCGCUCGACGACUUUAGCGUGGCUCAACGACUUUCGUGGACUGCAUCGCGAAAGACCUCGAGGAAGGAAGACAGUGCGUAUUCCCUAUUGGGAAUCUUCAACAUCAAUAUGUCCACACUCUACGGCGAGGGAGAGCGCGCGUUCCGCCGCCUGCUAGAGGAGAUCGUGCGGCGCGUCCCCGACCAGAGUGUCUUUGCAUGG